CCGGCGCCCCUCCCGCGCACGCGCACGCGCACGCGCACGCCGCGCCGGCCCCGGCAGCUGCGAUGGCGUCCGAGCGACUCCCGAGCCGGCCCGCCUGCCUCCUCGUGGCCAGCGGCGCCGCGGAGGGUGUGUCUGCCCAGUCCUUCCUUCACUGCUUCACGCUGGCCAGCGCCGCCUUCAACCUACAGGUGGCCACCCCUGGGGGGAAGACCAUGGACUUCGUGGAUGUGAGUGAGGGUAAUGCUCGCUGGGUGCAGGACUUCCGCCUCAAGGCCUACGCCAGCCCUGCCAAGCUGGAGUCCAUUGAUGGUGCCCGGUACCACGCCCUCCUGAUUCCCAGCUGUCCCGGGGCCCUGGCCGACCUGGCCAGCAGUGGCUCCCUGGCCCGCAUCCUCCAGCACUUCCGCUCGGAGAACAAGCCCAUCUGCGCGGUUGGCCACGGCGUCGCGGCUCUGUGCUGUGCCACCAACGAGGACCGGUCCUGGGUCUUCCAGGGCUACAGCGUCACAGGGCCGUCCGUGUACGAGCUCGUCAGGGCCCCUGGUUUUGCCCGCCUGCCCCUCAUCGUGGAGGACUUCGUGAAGGACGCCGGUGCCAGCUUCACUGCCAGUGAGCCGGAUGCCGUGCACGUGGUGCUGGACCGCCACCUGGUUACAGGCCAGAAUGCCAGCUCCACUGUCCCAGCCGUGCACAACCUGCUCUUUCUCUGCGGUGGCCGGAAAUGAGAUGGCUUCCCACCUGCCAGCGGACACUGCCCCCUCUAGAUGACCGGAUUCCUCAGGCCUCCAGGGACCCCGCCUCCUUGACAGCCCGAGAGUGACUUCUGGAUGCCCAGCUGGACUCAGCGGGAUUGUUGGAGGCCUCUGAGAAUUAGCCCCGAGGAGUGUCAGCUGUGGGGGAGGGGCUGCCCUCCCCACCCCCAGGCCCCUUGCCUUCCCUGGGGGCAGAGUAGUAGAGGGGCUCAGGGCCGUCAGGUGGUCUCUGAGAAUCCCGCAUGAGCUUGGCUCGGAGAGUUGGUUUGUGGGAGUCGGCCGUGGGGGUUCCCGUGUUUGUCUUGGAUCCUUUGGUCUUCCCGUGCCCAGCUGGCUGGUCCUCCCUUCUGCCUGUCCCUGUCCACCCUCACCGAGUCUGGUGGUGGUGCCAGGACCCUGUUGUGUGUGGUGAGGACAGGACCCAGGCCUCUGUGCCGCCCCCGACUCCUCUAGGUGUUGGUGGGGGAAGCUUUGGUCCAGCUUCCGUUUGCCCAAGGCCAGGGGGCAGCUUGUGAGGGACACAGGCUCCUGGCCCCCAGGCAGGCCCCAGACCCCUCGGUGCUGAAGGAGCAGCCCUGAUUUUAAUGCUUGCCGUGGGUGUGGGUUCAGAGUGUGACGGUAACACUGUGUGAGGCCAUCGCUUCUGACGCUGAAACUGCUGGGUCUUCAGAAAGCAGCACUGCUCGCCCAGAGCCCUGCCCACGUGGCGUGUGGGUUUGCAGCUGCCCCAGAGCUUUCGAGGUAGAGUGACCCAAGUGCGGGUCCUGCUGGCCGGGAGCCCUGGGGCAGUGCCCCUCGGUCUACACCUAUGUGUAGAGCCAGGCCUCCACAGGCCUGCGCAGGGGGUGCUCCGUACCGACGUGGCCACUCACCCUGCGGGCUCGCGGGCCUCCAGGGGCCGGGCAGGUCCUCUUGUGCCCCGACUUGGCUUGUGCGCUUCGCUGCAUCGGACCCCCCCGGAACGAAGAUGGGAAGGAGGCGAGGCCUCCCCCGCGCCACAGAGUGGGGAGAUGCAGCCCCGCCCCUCGAGUUCUUCUGAGGGCACCGUGCCAGGAGCUCGACGCCACGGCCCGGCUCGCCGGCUCCACGGAGAGGCCUGGGUCCUCCGGGCCUCGGUCACCACCAUAGGGUGGUCGACAUCUCUGGACGAGCUCUUUUAAUUAAAGUUCAUGCUUUGUGGGC